AUGCAUAUUCUUGGUCUUUGCAAUGGCUCAAUUGAUGGGAACUCUGAGAUCCUACUCAAAGCAGCCUUGAAAGCUGCUACUGCCACAGACUCGUCACUUACUGUGUCGUGGAUUCAUGUGCCUUCAGUUGUACUACCAAGACAGCACCUGCCCUUCAGAUCUGAUCUAUCUCUGAUACCGCAUCGUCACGAUGGAAAAGAACUACCAUCCAGAAGAAAAGAGCCUGACGACCGUGAGGCAGUCUUUGAAGCAGUCAUGAACGCUGAUGCCAUCAUCAUUGCCACUCCGGUAUACAGCCACCAGCCUCCUGGAACCCUCAAAGCUCUUGUGGACGCCGUCCUCGGACCUUACGCUGAUGUAUGCAUGGACCAUGACUUGAAACGUCGACAGGAAGCUGGUGAUAAGUCUGUAAAAAACUCGAAUGUGGAUCCGCGAGCCGUCAAGCCUCGUGUGGCUGGGUUUAUUGCGGUUGCUGGUUCUGACCCUACAUUCCCGGAGCAAUGGACAAUGGCUCUACCCACAAUGCAGACUUGCGUAUACUCCAUACGUUCCCGUGUGAUUGACCAAGUUGUAUUGCCUGGGUACGCAAAUCCGGGAGCCGUCUUAGCGGAUUCAGGAACUGCUCUUGGGCGUGCCGAGCUGCUGGGCCGUCGCGUGGCUAGUCAGAUGGGAAAGCCAUACGAAGAGGCCCAGUAUCUUGGGCCUGAAGAGAACGGCAGUUGUCCUUACUGCCAUCUUCUCAAAAUUGAGUUUCGAGAGGGAAACAAUAUCUCUUGCGUCGUAUGUGGCGCAAAUGGCAUCCUAGAACUGGGACCCGAGGGCACUAUUCGGCCGAAGUGGGAAAAAGACUCUGCUGUUAGUUGCCUAACACUCGAGGGCCAAUUACAACACAGAUACGACAUCCGAGAUAAACUCAGCUUGGAGGAACCAAAGCUCGCAUCUAUUUCUUCUGACUUUGCUAAGUGGAAAAGCUUGGAAUUCCCUCGAGUCCCUUUGCCUAGCAUCCAAGAAAGUAUUACAGGGCGUCUUUGA